AAUUCACACUUCUUUUAGAAAAAGGCUUCUUUUCCUCACUGUAAGCCAGGGGAAAAAGAGUAUGGCUUAUUAUAAGACACUCAAUAAACAUUCUAGUUGUAGGAGACGGGAAAGUGGAUGCAAACAAAUCCUUUGCCGUGACGAGAGAAUUCUCAAUUUCUUCUCUGAAUCAUGAGGUCUUUUUUUCCCCUUCAGUUCAUCACUUAAUUAUAUUUAACACAAAAUUUGUCCCUUGAAAUACUUUUUUUCAUGUGGUUUUCAAAGAAACUGCAUAUUUCUCAUUUCCUUUUACUCACUGGCUAUUCUGUCUCCUGUCAUUCAUUCAACAACGCCUCUUUGGCCUUGAGCACUAACUUAACCUCUUUGGACCUCAUAUCUGUAUGUUUUCAGCACAGUCACUGCUCCCUAAUCGGGAGCUAUUAUGUAUCGUUCGUAGUUACUACCACAAAAGCUCUGCUUCGCGCGUCGGCGCUGGCUCGGUCAGAGGAGAACCCACCACACCUCAGAAGAGGGUGAGCAACGUUGGGAGUGCUGCUGAGAACUAAACAACACUUUCCACACCUGAACACACACUGGCAAUCUGGGUAGAGUUCCCUACGCCCUAGCACAAGGCAGCACCAGAGAGCACCAGAAGUCAAGCGGUUAAAACCCAGGCACCACGCCUAUCUCCUCCGAGGAAGCGAAACCCGUGACAUCACCUCCACCACUUCCGGUUUGAGCGCGCCUUCUCUUCUGCCUGCCAACUGCACUUUCGUUAAAAUCGUGGAGUCUAAUAUUUCCUUCUGGAACCUCUAUAUUUUCUUUUUUUUCCCAUCCUUAUGACUCUACUAAAAGAUAAAAUUAAGCCAGAUGGAUUCGAAAAAAGCGUGGCUGUGGAGAAAAGGAGUAGGUGAGCUGCCCUGGUGAAAGUGCGUGGCGGGAGCUCAGUGCGCCUUCUCUUCGCCGGCCGGAAGUUGAGGGACUGAAUGGAUCCCGGAACCGGCGGCUGCGGCUUCUCCGUCUCUACUUGACACUUGGCGGUUGCUUAGCCGCAGGUCUUGACAGCCGUUGGGCCGCCAGGUUCAUGUGGAGGCUCCCAGGCGUCCGCGCCGCGCUUCGUGGGGUCCGCACGGCGGUGGAGCGGCGCAGUCGGACCGAGGCGGCGUCUGAGACCUCGGUGGGCGCGAUGGAGCGCGCUGUGGUGCGCUGUGUGCCUUCCGAGCCUAAGCUAAGCCUGUCAUUCGCGCUGGCCGACGGCAGCCACAAGAACAUGCAGCGCGACCAGAGCGAGCCGCUGGGUCGGGCUCUCAGCCGGAUCGCUACCAAUGCCCUUAAAGGCCACGCUAAGGCAGCCGCCGCCAAGAAGAUCAGGAAGAACCGGGCAAACGCAAGCAGUGGCGUGGCCUGUGCUGGGCCUGGGCCUGAGCCGGCUGCAGCCUGCGAGCCCGUGGUGAAGCUGUACUACCGGGAGGAGGCAGUAGCUGAAGACGUGCUCAAUGUGGACGCCUGGCAGGACGGUGCGGUGCUGCAGAUUGGUGAUGUCAAGUACAAGGUGGAGCGCAACCCACCCACCUUCACCGAGCUACAGUUGCCGCGCUAUAUCAUGGCCGGCUUCCCGGUAUGCCCCAAGCUCGGCGUCGAAUUUGGGGAUCCCACCGGCUCCCUCUUUCGCUGGUACAAGGAAACCAAACCCAGAGCGGCGGAGCCUGAGGGCGGAGGCCCCUCGUCAUCGUCUCCCUCUUCGCUCUCUCCUGGUUGGACCGAGACGGGUGUGGACGAGCGCGUCUACACCCCGUCUAAUGCCGACAUCGGGCUACGGCUCAAGCUUCAUUGCACUCCGGGCAAUGGGCAGCGCUUCGGGCCAAGCCGGGAGUUGGAAAGUGUGUGUCCAGUGGAGGCUGGGCCCGGCACCUGCACCUUUGACCACCGGCAUCUCUACACAAAGAAGGUGACGGACGACGCUCUCAUCCGCACAGUCUCCUACAACAUUCUGGCUGACACAUACGCCCAGACUGAGUUCUCGCGGACGGUCCUGUAUCCAUACUGUGCCCCUUACGCUCUGGAACUCGACUACCGCCAGAAUCUUAUCCAGAAGGAGCUCACGGGCUACAACGCCGACCUCAUCUGUUUGCAGGAAGUUGACCGCUGCGUGUUUACAGACAGCUUGGUGCCGGCCCUCGAGGCCUUUGGGCUGGAGGGCGUGUUUCGAAUCAAGCAGCACGAAGGCCUGGCUACUUUCUACCGAAAGUCCAAGUUCAGCCUCCUUAGCCAGCAUGACAUUGCUUUCCAUGAAGCCCUGCAGUCCGACCCACUUCACAAAGAACUGCUGGAGAAACUAGCUUUGUAUCCAGCAGCGCAAGAAAGGGUGCUCCAGAGGUCUUCUGUCGUUCAGGUUUCUGUUCUUCAGUCUACAACAGACUCUUCUAGAAAGAUAUGUGUUGCUAAUACCCAUCUUUACUGGCACCCCAAAGGUGGGUACAUUCGUCUCAUUCAAAUGGCAGUAGCCCUGGCUCACAUUAGACAUGUCUCUUGUGAUCUGUAUCCCGGCAUACCAGUCAUAUUUUGUGGGGACUUUAAUAGCACCCCAUCAACAGGAAUGUAUCACUUUGUCAUCAGUGGCAGCAUCGCAGAGGAUCAUGAAGACUGGACUUCCCAUGGGGAAGAGGAACGAUGCAACAUGUCUCUUAGCCAUUUCUUCAGACUGAAAAGUGCUUGUGGUGAACCUGCUUACACAAAUUAUGUCGGUGGCUUUCAUGGAUGUCUGGAUUAUAUUUUCAUUGACUUAAAUGCUUUAGAGGUUGAACAGGUGAUUCCAUUACCUAGUCAUGAAGAAGUUACCACCCACCAAGCCUUACCUAGUGUUUCCCAUCCCUCUGAUCACAUAGCACUUGUAUGUGAUUUAAAAUGGAAAUAGAUUUGUGUCUAAUAGAAUUUAAAUCUGCUCUAGUAGGAGAUUUAAUUUGAAUCAGAGUUUAUGUAUAACUUUCAAAGAGGAAAAUUAGACACUAAGGUAAAAUAUUCUUAUCCUAUUAGUUAUGUUCUAGUGUCUUCAUUACAUGACUAUCAUAAUGUUUCCAUAAUAGUUUCUCUACCCUUUUUUCCUAUCCUUGGAGGAAAAACAAAAAUAUUUAUGGCUGGCAGGAAGAACACUGUGUACAUUUUAUAAGUACUUUUUUUUUGCUAAUUAAGAAUUUUGUAAAGGAAAAAAAAAAUACCUGAAUGAUCUUGUAAUUUUUCUAUCAUAACACACUUCAGAUUAAAUGAUGUAUAUAUAAUUAGGGGGAGAGCACAUACAAGUUGAAAUGAGAGGAUUAAGUUCUCUCAUUCUCACAAGGAAAGAAUAACAUUAGGGCCUAUCUCUACCUCAGUUUGGAUGGCAAUUUCAUACAACUUCAGAGCUUUAACAAAAAAGUACACCAUAACCAAUUCCUAUUGUUUUUCAUCUUUUGUUUUUCGAUUGACAUAAGGUAUUUUCACUGUCUUAUUUUUAGGAUUUAAUUUUUAGUGUAUGGCAUAAAUGGACAUACUUAUGGUCCCAUCCUUACUGCAGCUUAUCUUAACUUUUAGGAUGCAAGCACAAUUUAGUAUUCAAAGUGAACAGUAACAUUGUCAACUUGAUCCUAUUGUCUAUAACACUCUUACCUAUGGAAAAUGUUCAUAAAUCAACAGGGUAUUUGACCCUAUCAUAUUAGGUAUUAGGAGAAUAGCACAAUGCAUUACUUUUGAAAAACUGCCUACUGAUAUGGGCUUGAAAUAGUGGAUGAACCACAGAGUAUUUCUGUGCUGCAAGUAUUUUUGAAAUUGUUGGUUUUUCUAAAUAGGAGAAAGGGAGAGUAGUAAUGGGGGUUUUGAGCAUCUCUGGAAUAAACUUAUAGACUUGAACAUUAUAUUAUAGCUUGAGUUACAGGAAAACAUUGUAUAUGUAAUUUAUAUACUGUAAAAUUUUUAAAAAAUAUGAAGCCAAAUUCUUGAAAAUUACAAAUUAUAGUUUUACUGAUUAGAGUCUAGCUGAUUAGUAACUAAGUUUUUCUAACUCAGUUAUCACCAUACUUUAUUUGUAAUGCUUUAGCUGCAGCCUCAUGUUCAGGAAAACCAUAAUGUCAUCUUGUAUUUCUGCAUUUAACUUAGACAGCUAGAGCUCACUUCAACCAGAGCUCUGAUUUUCCAGUCAUGAAGCCCUUUGUUCCACCUUCUUUAAUCUCUAAGCCUGGAAGAACUUUCCUCUUUUGAUGAAGUAGCCUGCAUUUUCAUAUUCUGCUCACUAUCCAGUAUAUUGUUUACGCUUAGUAAUUUUGAAAAUGAGAGGGUUUUACCUGCACUUCAGAUUGAACCUUGAAGUGCUUAAAAGUACUUGAAGCAAAAAAUUUAAGGUGGCAGUUUUUGGGGAUCUUGUUUAGAAAAAGCUAUAAAUGAGAAAUUGAAGCUACCAAAUUGUGCCUUCCUAAAUAGCAUUUUAAAAGCAUUUUAACAUCAGUUUACAGAUACACAAUAUAUUGAAGCCAGAAUCUGAGUUUUUUGCAAUUUUUUUUUCCGUUUAAAAUUUGGUUUUGAUUUCGUUUCAAACAGACAUUGAUAGGACUUUGACAGUAAGCUGAGAAAACAAAAAAGCUGAGAAACAUAAAGUGUAAUAUGACGUCCUCAUGCCCAUGAGAAAAACAUACAAGUCCUGUAUUAUUAAUAACACUACAGCAAGCUAUAUCGAACUUUGGUCACAAAAAUUCUACAUAGUUAUUAAACAUCCACAUCCUGAUUCUUCAAAUUUGGUAUUUGCUGACUAGACAAUGAUCAUGCAGGCAUUUCAGAAUAUUAGAAUAUAGAGUAUUAUUUUGAAGUGCCAUAUACUCUGGUCAAAUCUCUAGUACACAGCUACGUUCAUACAGUUAGUCCAAAGUUAUGCUGUCACGGUGGUGUUCCACUCUGACCCCCAUGGACAAGCUCCUCUGUCCAUGGAAUUUUCCAGGCACUACUACUGGAUUGGAUUGCCAUUUCCUUUUCCACCGUAUCUUCCUGGCCCAGGGAUCAAACCUGCAUCCCCUUCAUUGGCAGGUGGAUUCUUUACCACUGUGCCGCCUGGGAAGCCCAAAGUUAGGGAAUGCUAAGAAAACUGUAUAAGUAGCAUACCAAAACGUCCUUGUAUAUGAGUUAGAAUAAAGUGUUAUUUCAUAAAUUUUUUAAGUGUUUAAAGCCAUCUCUGUGAUUGAAUUUUUCUAUUACAUUUGGGUUUUUUAGUACAUGUAAUUAAAUAUGGAAAGUUGAACAAUUCUGGUGAAUCAGAUUGUACUAUGUAACCAGCAAGGUACAAUGUACUAGCAAGAACUUGUUUUUGCUAUAGGAAUUAAUGUUUUGAAACUUUAUAUUAUUGAUUACAAACUAUAAUACUUAAGAACACUAUAGAAUACAUUAUUCCUGUUAAAUGAAUUCGUAAACAGUUGCCACUCAGACAUACAAACUGGUAGUUUAUAAUUCGUUAGCAAACAAACCAUUUCUGACUAUAAUGUGAUGUUCUUUAAAUUCUAGAAACUAAAAUCAGUUGUUAAAAAUU